GAGAGCUGCACUCAGACUGCACUUGUCUCUGCUGCAAACAGGUAUGGGGCUGCAAACUCAAGCUUUAGUUUCUGCAAAAUGGCUUGCAAACAUGGUCAACCGCAACCUUGUCGGACCCCGUCUGCGGGUCCUGGACACCUCCUGGUACCUCCCGAUGAUGAACCGAGACGGCAAGAAGGAAUUUGCUCAAUCUCACAUCCCGGGGGCGUCUUUUUUCGACAUCGACGAGUGCUCGGACAGGACCUCAAAGUUUGAUCAUAUGCUCCCGACUGAGCAGUUUUUCUCCGACUACGUCGGGAAUUUGGGCAUUGGAAACGACAGCCAUGUGGUUGUCUACGACGCCAGUGACUUUGGGUUGUUUUCCUGCACCAGGGUUUGGUGGAUGUUCCGGUUGUUUGGCCACCCUCAGGUGUCGGUGCUGGACGGGGGUUUCAGGAGCUGGGUCAGGGAGGGUCACCCAACCUCAGGCGCGUACACCAAGCCGGAGGCCGCGCGCUUCAGCGCCACCAUGAACCGCUCCUGGGUGAAGUCAUUUGAGGACAUAACGGAAAACAUUUCCACUCAGCAGUUCCAGGUGGUGGAUGUGAGGCCGCAUGAGAGGUUCCAGGGGAGAGAACCAGAACCGAGGGAGGGUGUCCAACCAGGUCACAUCCCCGGGUCCAAAUGCAUGCCGUUCCUUGAGUUUCUGGAUGACGAUGGCGUGAUGCUGUCCACAGAGAAGCUGAAGAAAUUCUUUGAGAAGUCACAGGUUGACCUGAAAAGGCCAAUCUGUGGAUCCUGCGGCUCCGGCGUGACCGCCUGUCACAUGGUGCUGGCCGCCCACCUGUGCGGCGCCCCGGACGCAGCUGUGUACGAUGGAUCCUGGUAUGAGUGGUUCACCAAGGCUCCGCCGGAGCAUGUCGUCUCCGAGGUCAAAGGCAAGCUCUGAGGCGGACCACGACGGUUUCAUUCGCAAAUCAGAUUGAAAAAAAAAUCACUUUGUUUUCCUGAUUGAUCCAUGACAAUUUAACCUUAAUCGUAAAGACUUAAACAGGAAAGUUCACCCCAAAUUGUGAAUGAAUGUCACGAUUUUCUUAACUGUUGCUGUUGUCAGAUUCUCAUUUCUGACUUUAAUUACGACCACAUUUAGUGAUAUGAAGUAUACUCAGCUGGUCAGACCUCAUGAAAAUGGUGCCAAUAUUUUCUUUUGUUUCAAGCAAGAUUAUCGUGUUUUUCAUUCCAAUAUAGCAACCAGAUUAUGAGAAUAUUUGUAUUUUUUAAGCACUUUUCCGGCUCGUUUGUCACAAUUCAAAGCUUCGUGCAUUGUUACACUUUGCUCCUUUGUGGACUUUAAAAGAAAUGUAUCCACAUGGCGCAGUCUGCUGGUGCUUUAGAGGAAGUGCACUUAAAAAUAUAUAUAUUUUAAAAUUAUUUUAAGUAUGCCUUGGAAAACUUUGUAAGUUCAGUUUGUACUUUAUGUAGCAGCCUCUGUAAACUACUUUAGAUAAAGCACCUUAGCAUUUGUUUGAAUGAAUUUUGA